AUUGCAGUUGAGGACGGCAAAGACUUAGAAGGCGCAGGAGGUGAGCGGACACCAGGCGACCAAGAUGGAGUCUGCAAAGCGUAUCCUCGUCUAUCUGAGCAAAGAUAAUUCUCUGCUGCAAUGUGCCAGGUUUGUGCAGGGUAUCACCGGGCAGUUUUGCUCCGGUCAUGAGGACAAGGCUGUUGUGAACUGCGGACUGGACCAGAACCGGUUUGUCAUCUCGGAUCGGCCGUUCAGUGGUUCCAGUAGCGUCCGGCUACAGAGGCCGCCCUUCUGCCCCAUCAAAAUCCUGAGCCCAGACCAAGCCGCCCGCCUGCCAGAGCAGAUCCGGGCCCGAGGCGUGGAUGUGGGCGUCGCCAUCGUGCUACAGACCGCCAACAAUAAAGUCCUGCUAACGAGGAGAUCCAAAACCCUGAACAUCUUCCCCAACGUCUGGGUCCCGCCAGGUGGUCACAUGGAGCCAGGAGAGCAGCUCCUCCAUGCCGGGCUGAGAGAACUGCAGGAGGAGACCGGGCUGAACCUGAGGAGCGAGACUCCGCCCUGGAGGAUCCUAGGACUUUGGGAGUCCGCCUUCCCCCCGCUGCUGAAUCGCGGCCUCCCCACCAGACACCAUAUUGUCACCUACCUCCUUGUCACAUCCGACGAGACCCACCAGGAGCUGCAGGAGAAACUCCGGCCGGCCGACGAGGAGGUCAGCGCAUGUGUCUGGCUGGACCCAGAGAUCGCUGAGCAGAUUGUGGCAGUGCCAGAGGGAGAGGAGGAUUCUGGGAAAAACCUCCCCCGCAUUCCAACCUCAAUUCAGGUAACGGAAGUUUCUGGCAGUUCUCUCUAUCGGAAGGAUGUGGACGUAUCGGUGUUUUUAAGCACCGCCCCCGCUGACGGUGAAGACGUGGAACGCGUCAGCACCGGCACCAAAUACGCUUUGGAACUCUGGUUAGAGUCUAUGCAAACACAAAAACCCAUUAAAAUGUAA